UUCGACACUUAUUGACGCUGUCAAAAAAUAAAAACAAACAAUGUUGAGAAUUUUUCAGCCGAUUUUUCGAGCUCCUUUUCGACAUCAACUGAGACAAAUUUCGUUCACGAAUCAAUCUGGCAAUAUGACGUCUGAGCAUCGACCUGUUGAAACAGCGAUUCGCUCCGUCCUGGAAGAACUAAGUCCCGUACAUCUCGAAGUUGUGAACGAAAGUUUCAUGCAUAACGUCCCAAAAGGCUCUGAAACGCAUUUUAAAGUUUUGAUAGUGACAGAAAAAUUCGAAGGAAUUCCGCUCAUCAAGAGGCAUCGAAUGGUCAAUGGGUUGAUAAAAGAAAAGCUUCAGGAGGCAUUUCCGCAUGCUUUGAGCUUGGAGACGAAAACGCCGACACAAUGGAAGCCCGAUUACGUGAUGGAACAAAGUCCGAAUUGUAGAGGAGGGUUUGGGAAAUAAAUUUGAAAAAAAAAAGUUUUUUUCUAGGAAAAAGUUGUAUUUUAAAACUUAUGAUUAUUGUUAUUAAUUAAAAGAGGUUUACGCACAAAACGUA